UGCAGAACGAAUCCGCUGGACCCGUGCCGUCCUAUUGAGACGCAAGAGGCAUAGACACUAGCCUGCAUCUGAGCACAACAACACCAGCUACCAUCAUCACAACAGGACACUAGUACAUCUAGGAUACUGCCGGAGGAUUUGGCCGAGAAGUUGCAUGUGCAGGAGUGUUGGUGUACUCAAGCGGGACAGAAGGAAUGGGAUACCCGGGCAGAGGAUGGACGCUCCUGGUGUGGGUCGCUGCUGUCAGCCUGGUACUAGCAGACGGAAGGAGGGUGAGACAGCCCAGAUGCCCCGUUGGAUGUACCUGCACCAAAGAUAACGCCCUGUGUGAGAACGUCCGAUCUGUACCUCAUACUUUCCCCCCAGACGUCGUUUCACUAUCUUUUGUCAAAUCUGGGUUUAAUGAAAUCACAGGAGGAAGCUUUGUUCACACACCUGCCCUGCAACUACUAUUGUUCACUGCAAAUUCCUUUGACCUGAUAGAUGAGGAUGCAUUCCUGGGUUUACCUCAUUUGGAAUAUUUAUUUAUUGAAAACAACAGAAUUGCAUCAAUAUCUCCAUUUGCUUUCCGGGGCUUGAAAGCACUCAUACAUCUGAGUCUGGCUUACAACAACCUUGAGACACUGCCCAAAGAUGUCUUCAAGGGCAUGGAUGCUUUGACCAAAGUGGAUCUACGAGGCAAUAAUCUAAUAUGCGACUGCAAGCUGAAGUGGUUGGUGGAGUGGAUGCAUCACACUAAUGCCACCUUGGACCAGAUUUACUGCAGCGGCCCACCCAUCCACCAAGGGAAGAAACUAAACGACCUGCAGCCACAGUCUUUUGAUUGCCUCGCAUCAGAGUUUGCUUCCUACCAGUCCCUGAAGUUUGAGUCAAUUUCGGUGGAGGCCUUCACCUUUGGUAAAGAUCAGUACAUUGUGUUUGCCCAACCGUUUGCUGGAACGUGCAGCUUCCUGGAAUGGGAUCAUGUUGAGAUGACCUUUAGGACCUAUGACACCGUUGAAAGCACCUCCACUGUGGUGUGUAAACCCAUGGUAAUCGAUAACCACCUCUUUGUUAUUGUGGCUCAGCUUUUUGGUGGCUCACACAUUUACAAACGAGACAUCUCCGCCAAUAAGUUCAUCAAGAUCCAGGACAUUGACAUCCUGAAGAUUCGAAAACCCAACGACAUUGAGACAUUCAUUAUUGACGGAGAGUCUUUCUUUGUGAUUGCGGACAGCUCAAAGGCUGGCUCCACAACGGUGUACAAAUGGAACGGCAAUGGUUUCUACUCCCACCAAUCCCUUCACCCAUGGUACCGGGACACAGAUGUAGAAUAUUUGGAGAUCUCAAACAAACCCCACCUGAUCCUGUCCAGCAGUUCCCAGAGACCUGUGGUCUACCAGUGGAACAGGAGCCAGAAACAGUUUGAUCGCAGGACAGACAUACCUGACAUGGAAGAUGUCUUCUCCGUCAAACACUUCCGGGUCAAAGGUGAGCUGUUUAUAUGCCUGACAAGAUUCAUCGGGGACUCCAAGGUGAUGCGCUGGGACGGCGCCAUGUUCAAAGAGGUCCAGACAUUUCCUUCCCGUGGCUCCAUGGUGUUCCAGCCCGUCUCUAUCGGCAACUGGCAGUACGCCAUCUUGGGCAGCGAUUACUCACUGACUCAGGUCUACCAAUGGGACACCAAGAGGAGCCAGUUUGUCCCAUCUCAGGAGCUGAAUAUCCAGGCACCUCGGGCAUUUUCUCUGGUUUCCAUUGAUGACCGGGUGUUCCUGCUUGCAUCCAGCUUCAAGGGAAAGACUCAGAUAUACGAGCACCUCAUGAUUGAUUUAAGUAAUUAAACCCACCAGCAGUUCUGGAUAAAUGAUGUGCACUAACACUCAAAUGUUUUUUUUUUUUUUUGGUAUUUUGAUCUAAACUUCAUAUUUACACCAGAAAACCACCAGCAAUAAAUUCAAUUCAUUCAGUUAAGUUUAUAAAACUAUAAAUCCAAAAAGAAUGCUUCCAGCAAAGGUUUGAGAUAUUAUUAAUUCAUAAUCGUAAGAUUAAGUGGUUGGAAUUCUUACAUUGAUUACAAUAACAAUGAUUAUUCUGGCUGGUCCUUCUCUUUCCCAUGUCAUUUAAUACAGUGCCUAUACUCUUCACCCCCUUGGAUGUUUGACCCUUUUAUUGAUUUUAUAAAUCAAUCAUGGACAUUAUAAUUUGGCUUUUUUUGGAAAAUAGAGCAAACUCCUUUUUAAUGUCAAAGUGAAAACAGAUUUCUAAAAAAGUCAUAUCAAUCAGAUAGAAAUAUGUUAGGCAAAAUAAGUGACUUUAUAAAUGUUUACCCCUUCAAGUCAGUAUUUAGUACAUGCAAUCACAGCACUGAGUCUGUGUGGAUAAGUUGCACAUCUGGACACUACAAUUAUA